CGCGUGCUGGUGCUGUACAGCCCCUCUUGUGGGGCCGGGCUCGUCUAUAGGCUGGCUGCGGCAGAGCGAGCGCCGAGCUGCUGCACGUACUGCCCUGUGAGGCACUCGGUAGGGCUCCGAGGCCAGGACAAGGUGCUGCUGCACCGCGCCGGGCAGUACUGCCGUGAGCGCAGUGUACCACUGGGAUGCCUUCUUGAGAGAAAGGAAUCGCACGGUGCUCGCUGCUUUGAAUUGCCUCUUCUCUGUGCCUAUACCAUCUGCAGACCCCGGGUGAACCUAUAUGCCUUCUGCUCUAAAGACCACUUACUUGAAGUUUUCCUUUACUUUAACCAGUUCUUCUGAGCUGACUUCCCUCUGGGAACGUUUCUAGGGUUAAAGUUUGCCCGAAGAGCUGCAGAUCGCUUUUUUUUUUCUCCUUGCAGAAGUUUCAUUUGGUAAGAUACCCUUGAUUCGCAGAAGGCAUCUCAAAAUGUUGUGUCGAGCUGCUCUGAGCCCUCUUGUCCGUUCCCCUGGAUGGUGCUUUGUGUUACCACCACAUGCCAUUGCAGCCAUUUCCCGUUUAUAUCUCCCUUGCCGUAACCAAAGGUUAAGGAAUGAAUCCAUCCGUUGUUGGAGCAACAUUCCAUUUAUCACUGUGCCACUCAGCCGUGCACAUGGAAAAUCAUUUGCACACCGCAGUGAGCUGAAACAUGCAAAACGGAUUGUAGUAAAACUGGGUAGUGCUGUUGUUACUCGAGGGGAUGAGUGUGGAUUGGCCCUUGGCAGGCUGGCUUCUAUUGUAGAGCAGGUCUCAAUGCUGCAAAAUCAGGGCCGAGAGAUGAUGAUUGUCACUAGUGGGGCUGUAGCUUUUGGAAAGCAGCGGCUGCGUCAUGAGAUCUUGCUUUCUCAGAGUGUGAGGCAAGCACUUCAUUCAGGCCAGAGUCAGCUGAAAGAUAUGGCUAUUCCAGUCUUGGAGGCCCGAGCCUGUGCAGCAGCUGGGCAGAGUGGACUAAUGGCUCUGUAUGAGGCCAUGUUUACACAGUACAGCAUCUGUGCAGCUCAGAUUUUAGUCACCAAUCUGGAUUUCCACGAUGAACAGAAGCGCCGCAAUUUAAAUGGAACAUUACAUGAGCUUUUAAGGAUGAAUAUUGUCCCUAUAAUUAACACUAACGAUGCAGUUGUUCCACCUCCAGAGCCAAACAGUGAUCUGCAGGGGGUAAAUGUAAUUAGCGUGAAAGAUAAUGACAGUCUGGCAGCACGACUGGCUGUGGAAAUGAAAACUGAUCUCCUGAUUGUUCUUUCAGACGUAGAAGGACUCUUUGACAACCCACCAGGGUCUGACGACGCAAAGCUUAUUGACAUAUUCUACCCAGGAGACCAGCAGUCUGUAACAUUUGGAACUAAAUCCCGAGUGGGAAUGGGUGGCAUGGAAGCCAAGGUGAAAGCAGCUCUGUGGGCCUUGCAAGGAGGCACUUCAGUAGUGAUUGCAAAUGGAACCCACCCAAAGAUCUCAGGUCAUGUCAUCACAGAUAUUGUAGAAGGGAAAAAAGUUGGAACUUUUUUUUCAGAGGUAAAACCUGCAGGCCCUACUGUAGAACAGCAGGCUGAAAUGGCUCGAGCUGGUGGCAGGACCUUGGCGGCUCUACAGCCUGAGCAGAGAGCAGAGAUUAUUUAUCGUCUUGCUGACUUAUUAACGGACCAGAGAGAAGAAAUUCUCUUGGCAAACAAAAAGGACUUAGAGGAGGCUGAAAAUAAAGGGAGAUUAGCACUCCCUUUGUUGAAACGCCUAAGUCUGUCUACUUCAAAGCUGAACAGCUUGGCGAUUGGUCUGCGUCAGAUUGCAGCAUCCUCGCAGGACAGUGUUGGCCGUGUAAUUCGGCGAACUCGAAUAGCAAAAGACCUGGAUUUGGAGCAGGUGACAGUGCCGAUUGGUGUCCUUCUCGUGAUCUUUGAAUCUCGUCCUGACUGUCUUCCACAGGUGUCUGCUUUGGCCAUAGCCAGUGGAAAUGGCUUACUACUUAAAGGAGGGAAAGAGGCAGCACAUAGCAAUCAAAUCCUUCAUCGUCUAACACAAGAAGCACUCUCUAUUCAUGGAGUCAGAGAUGCAGUGCAACUGGUGAACACAAGAGAAGAAGUAGAAGAUCUCUGCCGUUUGGAUAAGCUAAUAGAUCUCAUCAUUCCACGUGGUUCAUCACAGCUAGUCAGAAAUAUCCAAAAAGCUGCUAAGGGAAUCCCAGUGAUGGGACACAGUGAAGGGAUCUGUCAUGUCUAUGUUGACACGGAUGCCAGUGUUGAGAAGGUCACACGAAUAAUCAGAGACUCGAAGUGUGAAUAUCCUGCUGCCUGUAAUGCUCUGGAAACUCUCUUAAUUCAUCGAGACUUGCUGAGAACCCCGUUGUUUGAUCAGAUCAUAGACAUGUUGAGAGUAGAACAGGUGAAGAUUCAUGCUGGCCCAAAGUUUGCAUCUUACUUGACAUUCAGUCCUUCAGAAGUGAAAUCUCUGCGCACAGAAUAUGGGGACCUGGAGUGCUGCAUUGAGGUGGUGGACAGCGUUCAAGAGGCUGUUGAACAUAUCCACAAGUAUGGAAGUUCCCAUACAGAUGUUAUUAUCACAGAGAAUGAGAAAACAGCAGAGUUCUUCCUCCAGCACGUGGACAGUGCUUGUGUUUUCUGGAAUGCCAGUACCCGAUUCUCUGAUGGCUAUAGGUUUGGACUUGGUGCUGAAGUGGGAAUUAGUACGUCGCGUAUCCAUGCACGUGGACCAGUAGGAAUUGAAGGACUCUUAACUACGAAGUGGUUACUGAGGGGGGACAAUCAUGUUGUUUCUGACUUUUCAGAGCAUGGGAGCAUGAAGUAUCUUCAUGAAAGCCUCCCGCUCCCACAGAGAAAUGCCAACUAAAAACGCUGGGGAGAAAACCCAGGGGUAUAAUUAUUUCCUGAAGAUAUUCAGGAUGAUCUCUGGUGAAGGAGUUUAUUUUUCAUCUUCAGAAACGUUGUCCUUGGUCAUUUUGCAGUGCAAUGAAUUCAAAAUGAUCCCAUUAAUGAGAAAUUCCCUCCCACCCUUUCAGUUUCCUUAAGCUGUAUCUGCAAAUUGACCUCACCUCUCACAAAGACAGAUUUUUUUCAAAUCAUACAGGUAACAUAAGGAAGGAUUUCAAUAUUGACUACAUUCCUUUUUUUUCCCAGUGCUCCCUGUAGCAAGUGCUUGGUGGUGGAUGUACCUUAAUUUUUUUUUCCUAAGUUUUGUUUUAGUCAAGUUUAUCUGUUCUGGAGAACAGACUCAGUAGUUUUGGUUUUGGGGUUUUUUUCCCUUCAGUCUUAGGAUCAUGGCAUCUUUUGAGGGCCAGAAAGCUUUAUGCUUAAUUUCUUUGUAUUUGAUCAUUCUUGAGAUAGGGGGACAGAUGUUCCGACUGUAUAGUAAGCUUUUGACCAAGACACCUUUUAUAUCUAAUUCUUUGUAUUGUUGACUAUUUUAGAUAAAUAGUUGUCUGCUACGUAAAUUUUGUUACUUAUUUGUAUCAAAGGUUUAUUUUUCUUCGGUUUUCUAUAAAACUUACUCCAACAGCACUUCAAUGAUGGCUUGUCGAGAAUGGGGCUCUCCAUCUGCACUAACACUUCCCGUGGUGCACUGAACCCCACCGCACGGCUGGCGGCCAGAGCUCCCCGCCAGCUGCAGGAGCUCUCGGUUCGGCGCCGCCGGGGCGGUCCUGGUGUGCCACCGCUCCGUCAGAGCGCUGUUUCCUUUCCUGCCCGCUGCUCUCCGCUGCUGUCCUGGCACAGGUGGUGGACACGCUGUGCUUGGGAUGCAAUGCUGCUGCACCCCUUUCUUGGUCACGGGCAUCACGAUGGGGCGUGGGGUGUCUCCCCUCUGAGCAGAUGCCGAGGGCCAGUGGACAUGGGUGAGGCAAGUGAGAUGCCUCAGUAGGUGUGGAUGGCUCCUGUUUGCUGAAGGUGGCACUGCAGUGAAGCUCAGAUCAGCAUGAGGAGAGGUCACAACACAGAGGCUGCGAGGGGGGCUUUGACUGGUUGUGGGGGCCAUGGUGCUGUCGCAGCUACGGGCAGUGUGUGCAGUCAGCCCUGGGUGCACGGGCACCAGGCGGGCCCCAGAGCAGGGUGGUGAUACUGAAACUCGCCUGCUUUGGCUUGCUGGAGAGUAGCAAGGAAGAUGGCUUCAGAACCUUGUUCCUCCGAAGUGAAGGAAGGUUGCUGAGGGGGGAUAGGUCUCUUGGGGAGAGGCACAAAAUUGGAAAUUACAAGGAGGGCUGUAAAGUCACUGUAGGGGAGAGCUGUUCAGAGGCAGUUCCCUUGGAGCAGGUGAAGGGAACAGGUUAGUUCUCAGCACAGUGUUAGGACUGUGCCCGGGAAGGCAAUUCCAGCAUGUGCCUGUGUUGUGUGAACUCUGUUACAGUCUGUCUUCUGCAUUGUACACCGUACCUUCCUUGGGUCUUGAUGUCUCCAUAACUCUUAGUGAUCAUUAGGCACCUUGGUAGCCCUCCCACGAGUCUCUAUGCAUUUCCACAUCAGUAUAGUGCCUAUCGAGCCUUUCUUGUGUUGUAAUUCCAGUUUAAGAUACGGAUCUGUCUGGCGUCUGUCAUAUUGUAGAUGGUUCUGAGUGGUGAGCUGGGUGGCACCUUCAGUUCCACUUUUGAGUUCUCCUUUGACGCAGAUGUCUCUGGGGACUGAAUUCCCAUGUGUGUAACAGUCUUUUGUCUUAAAGCUUGGCUUCUUGCUC